AUGAUCGACCACGUCGGCGUCCCCAAAUCCGAAAUCGCCAAAUGGGUCGGCAUCACCACCGCCGUGACCUCUCUCUCGCAGGCCCUCAUGGCCGUCACUUGGGGCACUCUCUCCGACACUCUCGGCCGCAAACCCAUCAUCCUAGUCGGGCUCACCUGCACCAUGGUCUUCUCGCUUCUAUUCGGCUUCUCCUCGUCCCUCUCCAUGCUAGUCAUCUCCCGCGCCCUGCUCGGGCUCAUGAACGGCAACGUGGGCAUCAUCCGCACCAUGGUUGCGGAAAUGGUGCCCCAGAAGGAACUUCAGCCCCGCGCGUUUAGUAUCAUGCCGCUGGUGUGGACGAUCGGGAGUAUUUUUGGUCCGGCGUUUGGGGGCGCGUUGGCGAGGCCCGCGGAGAAGCAUCCGGGGUUGUUUGGGGGGUCAGAGUUCCUCAGGAAGUGGCCGUUUGCGUUACCGAAUAUUGCUUCCGCGGAAACGCUCGCUGCGAAGAAACAUCAUCGCGACUAUGGAUUGGUUGUCGGCGAGGCAUUGACUAGCUCGUGUACUUCUUCUCGGAAGAAGAAGUCAGAGUCUCACGCAUCAGAUGCAGAACGACAAUCCCUUCUACCACCAAACACUACCCGUUCAGCGACAGCAACAGCAGCAAAGAAAUCCAAACCAACCUGGAGCGAGAUCUUCACUCCCCAAUCCCGACUCGUUCUCCUCGCUUACGCCCUCAUGUCCAUGCACGCUAUGGCCUUCGAUUCCGUCCUCCCUGUCUUCCUGCAUAGCCCGGAACAGCAAUACGAGGGUAACCCGGAUGUGAAACUCCCCUUCAAAUUCACUGGUGGAUUCGGCGUCGGCAUCCUCGGCAUGUUCAUCCAAUUCCUCAUCUUCCCCUGGGCGGCCCAAACCUUCGGCGUACUCAACUGCCUAAAAGCCGUGGCCAGCGUGUUCCCGGUCAUCUACCUGCUCACGCCAUUCACAGUGCUUCUUCCCGUCCCGUGGCUGCGCACCGUGGCGAUUUUCUGCCUCAUGUUGGGGAAAUUGUCCGCCUCGAUCUUCGGCUUUCCAUGCACCACCAUCCUGUUGACGAAUUCAGCAAGUAGCUUGAGCGUCUUGGGGACGUUGAAUGGGGUCGGCACGAGUGUGAGUGCCGUGGGGAGGGCAGUGGGACCGGCGAUUAUUGGGGGGGCGUACUCGUGGGGAGUGAAGAGGGGGUGGGGGAUUGUGCCGUGGUGGGUGCUGGGGGUGUUUGGGAUGUUGAGUGCGGUGCCGGUGGGGUGGAUGGGGGAAGAGAAUCGGUUGCAGGAUGCACAGGAGGUGAAUGAUGAAGAGGGAGGAGAGGAAGAAGGGGAGGGGGAGAGAGGGUAUGGGAGUGUUGGGGGGAGGUAA